AUGUCCUCAGUCAAAGGCCACGCGCCUCCUCCGACGGAGACUAGCCUUCUGCUACUCCCCGAUCCUCCCACGCCCGGUCCUCCUCACGAUCCCGCCAAGGGUCCCCCUCGGCCCUUCCCCACGACGCAGAUCCUGCUCCUCUGCUACGCGCGCCUCAUGGAGCCCGUCGCCUUCUUCUCCAUCUUCCCGUACAUCGCCGCCAUGGUGCGCUCCCGCGCGCGCCUCCCCUCCGCCGCCUCCGUCGGCUUCUACGCCGGUCUCGUCGAGGCCGUCUUCUCCGUCGCCCAGUCCCUCGCGCUGCUGCCCUGGGGCGCCCUCGCCGACCGCCUCGGCCGCCGGCCCGCCCUCCUCGCCUGCCUCACCGGCAUGGCCCUCGGCCCCGCCCUGUUCGGCCUCUCCGCAAACCUGUGGCAGAUGCUGGCGUUCCGCGCGCUGACCGGCGCGUUCUCCGGGGCGAACCUGAUCAUCCGCACGAUGAUCGCGGAGCUGUCCGAGGGUGUCGGCGGCGGCAGCGGGGCGCAGGCGAGGGCAUUUUCGUGGUACGCGAUUGCGGGGAACUUGGGAGUUGUCUGCGGGCCGGUCAUCGGCGGCGCGCUGGUCGACCCCCCCUCCGAGCUCCUCGGACGCGUCCCUUUCUUCGAGACGCACCCGUACGCGCUGCCGGGCUUCGUCGUCGGCGGCCUGGGCAUGACGGCGCUCAUCAGCUCCUUUCUGUUCCUCGAGGAGACGUGGGACGACCCUUCCUCCUGCCUGUCGUCCGCCUCCUCUUCCUCCUCCUCCUCCUCCGACCAGGAACGCGAGGCGAUGACCACGGCGCAGCUCUUGAAGGACCGUAGGGUGCUACCCGUGCUCGGCGUCUUCACCUACGUCAUGGCGCUCUCGUACGCGUUCAACUCCGUGCUCCCGGUCUACCUGUACACGCCCGUGGCCCUCGGCGGCGCCGGCUUCGCGCCCGCCUCCAUCACCGCGUACAUGACCACCAUGGGCGCCAGCACGGCCGCCUGGAUGCUGCUCGCAUUCCCGCCCCUCCAGCGGCGGUUCCAGACGAGGGGGGUCCUGCGGCUCUGCGCCUACGCCUGGCCCAUCUUCCUAGCCGGGUACGUGCUGAUGAGCGCCGCCCUGCGCGCGGGGGACGAGGCCUUGUCCUGGGUCGCCUGGACGGCGAACCUGGCGCUCGGCUCGGGCAUCUGGAUGGCCUUCUCGGGCGUGCAGCUGGCGGUCAACGAGGCGAGCCCGAGUCGGAGGGUUCUGGGCAAGGUCAACUCGAUGGCGGAGAUUUGCGCGAGCGUGAGCAGAACCCUGGCGCCACCGCCGUCCACGUCGCUGUUUGCCGUGGGGGUCGGCGGCCAGAUCCUGGGGGGCUACCUCGUCUGGGUCGUCAUGAUGGUGCUGGCACUCGGUCUACCCGUCGCCUUGCAUUGGUUUCCAGCUGUCAAGGCCCGGCUAUGA